AUGCAAAGAGUUCCCAAAAUACUUCGCAAGGUAAAUGAAGAACUCUAUACUCCUAAGCUGGUUUCAAUAGGCCCUCUUCAUCACCGUAAAAGAAAAUUGAGGGACAUGGAAAUGCAGAAACUGCGAUAUUUGAGGGACUUCUGUUUCCGAACUGGGAAGAGCCAGACGGAUCUUACAAGCAUCAUUGAAGAGAACGAAGAUAAAAUUCGCCAUUGUUAUGCUGAGACCUCAGAACUCAGCAGUAAAGAGUUUAUCAACAUGAUUCUACUGGAUGGGAUCUUUAUAAUUGAACUGUUCUUGAGGACUUCUGGCAAUGCAGGAGAUCACGAAGAUGAUUAUAUACUAAGAAAACCGUGGCUGAGAGAAGGUAUACAACAUGACUUGAUUGUACCUGAGAAUCAGCUUCCUUUUUUGGUCCUCGAGGAUUUGUAUACGUCCGUCUUGGGUGACUCUUCUAGUUGCGACCAUCGCAAAGAAGGGAAGCAAAUUAAGGAACACGUAGAAGAACUGAACAAAAAGGACUCUUCCUUUCUCGAGCUUUCCCGACAGUAA